UUACUGGUAAUACAGAUUCAGCAAAUAGUUCCUGAAGAAGAGUUUCCUUCAUUUAUUGAAGCAAUACAGAGAGAACUUCCAAGCACAUUUCGUAUUACAGGAACAAGAAGUCAUGCUCAAGAACUGUUAAAUGCUAUCAGGAAAUUUUUUCUUGACGAUCUACAGAGUGUGCAGGUUGAUGGAGGAAAGGCUGAUCCUCCAAGACCCCUCACGUGGUAUCCUGAUGAGUUAGCUUGGCAAAUUAAUGUCACUAAGAAAUUUAUCAGAAAGUCUUCAUGCAUGGACAAGUUUCACAAUUUUCUGGUUCAGGAAACAGAAACGGGAAACAUCAGUCGUCAAGAGGCUGUCAGUAUGAUUCCUCCUUUACUUUUAGAUGUCAAACCAGGUCAAAAGGUACUGGAUGCAUGUGCUGCUCCUGGUUCCAAAACUGUUCAACUUAUUGAACUUCUUCAUGGCGAGGAAUCAUCAGGAAUACCUGGUAACUUACUUUUGAUUUACACAUUGCAUUCUGUGUCAAAUGAACUACUAACAGUAAACCUUUAUAUCAAAAUCACAUUCACCAAGAGUUGGGAAGAUGAUAAGAAGAUUCCUUUAAUAUUUGACAGAAUCCUCUGUGAUGUCCCAUGUAGUGGAGAUGGUACCCUUAGAAAGAACCCAGUGAUCUGGAGGAAGUGGAAUCCACAGCUUGGCUUAAGUUUAUUCAGGAUCCAGUUGCGCAUUUUAGCACGUGCUGUAGAAAUGUUAGCCACUGGAGGUCGCAUAGUCUAUUCCACUUGUACUCUUAAUCCAGUAGAAGAUGAGGCAGUCAUUUGUACUUUACUUCAGAGAGCUGAAGGUGCAGUAGAACUUGUUGAUAUCUCAUCACAUCUUCCAAACUUGAAGAGAUCCCCAGGCUUAAAGACUUGGAAGGUAAUGACAAGAGAUAUGAAAAUUGUUGAUAAUUGUGAUCCUGGGACUGAAUACUUUUCAAAAAACUUCAAACCAGAAAUGCUGGCUCCACCAGAAGAGGUUGUGAACAGAUUACAUGUAGAAAGAUGUAUGAGAAUAUAUCCCCAUCAGCAGGAUACUGGUGGAUUUUUUAUUGCUGUUCUUGAAAAGAAGUGUCCAGCACCUUGGGAAAAUGGGAAAAGAUGCAGUGAUAACCCAAGACUCUUGCCAUGGGAAAGUGUUUCAGACUUGCAGCGGAGAAAAGUCGACAAGUUUGAAAAACAAGACACAGAGGUCAGCUUUAUGACAGGAGGUGAGAAUACUGAAAUGGACAAUAAUCAGUGCAAAUUAGAGGAAGAAAGCAAAGCAGUUGAUGCAUCUGCUGCAGCAAAUUCAAAAGGAAAUGCAACAUACGAAGAGGGCACCAGCAAUCCAGUGAUCACAAGCAGUGCACAUGUGGAUGAUGAUGAGUGUGAUGAACUAGAUACAGUAUACGACAGUGAGCACAAUGAUGAAGAUGAUGAAGCUACCAAGUUCCGUGCAGGCCAACAGCAGAGUGGUUCAUCACCAAGUCAGAGUGCAGAGGAUAAUAACACCAUUGGGGAUAAAACAGAUGAACCGCUGCAGCUGGUUAACAUUCAACCUCCAAGGAAAAAAGCUAAAGUCGAAAUGAAAGGUUUUAAAGAGGACCCAUUUGUUUUUCUUAAGGAAGACGAUGAACAUUGGCCUGAAAUAAAGAAAUUCUAUGGAAUUGAUGACAGUUUUCCUGCUGAUCAACUUCUGGUGAGAUCUGUUGGUGGAAAGAAAAGGAACAUCUAUCUUGUGUCAAAAACAGUGAAAGAUGUCAUGAAAUUGAUUGAUGACAAUCAUAAGGUUAUAAACACAGGGAUGAAGGUCAUUGCACGUGCAGAGGCUGACAAUGUGGGAUGCAAUUUCAGGCUGAUGCAGGAGGGUAUUGAAGCAAUGCUACCAUUCAUAAGCAAGCGUAAAGUGAUAAUUACUCAGAAGGAUGUUGUGAUCCUGUUGACAAGUGACAGGCCUUUUUGUAAUGAAUUUUCAACUGGAACGCAGGAGCAGUUGAAUAAUAUUGAAGAACAAGGAUGUAUUGUGUACAUUUAUGAACCCAAUGGACCAUACAGUACUCCAGAAGAUACCAUUGGUUGUAGAAUUGUAUUCUGUGGCUGGAAAGCUAAAGUAUCAACUCGAGUACAGAUCAGUAAGUUUGACAAGACACACUACCAAGUUCUGUGUGGCAUACCACCUGCGGAAAAAGACAAAGGAAAGAAAAGACAUCUGGAACCAGGAAAAGAACCAGAGUGUAGAGAAGAUAAUGAGGUGACUGAACCAGAUGACGACCAACAACAAACGGGUUUUGUUGGUGAUAUUUUGGACGUGGAAGCUCCUCAAGGGUCAUUUGAUGUUGGAUUCAUCUGAACACACGCCAUUGCAUUUUUUGAUCACAGUAUCAUUGCAUGGAAUUCAACAAAAUGAUCACACCUCAACUCCAUCGACAACGGUGUUGCAAUUGUGUUAGUACCGUGGUAAUUCUUGACAUGCUUGUUAUUGACUUGGUAACUUGGCAUUUUAAAUCUUUGUCCAUGUUUUAAUCUGCUGGUAGCCAUACCCAUCAUACCGGGGCAAAGAUUGUGGGAGGGAGGGAGGGGAGGUGCGUGUCUCUAGAGUUGACAUGUCACAGUAAAUAAUGCAAAGCCAGACAGAUCUUCUUUGAAUGUCUUCAACAUCCAAAAGACUUUUUCAAUAUUGCUGAUCCUAGCAGUAUGCAGGAUGAUAGCUGCAUAUUAGAACCUAGUAAAUGGCCGAGUGCACCCGAUUCUCAAUAUAGCUCAGUGGUUUGAGCACCUGACUGGCAUCUGGGAGGUCAGACUCAGGUCAUACGCUUGAAUCCCUUCUGGAGCUCAGAUCUUUCUUUGUCCCACAUUCGUGGCAUGUUGAACAUU